AUGCCAACUAGGAUUCCGGCGAAACGUCUCUCUUGUGAUACAAACGUUAGUACCAGUGCUAGUGCUAACGGAACCGAGGCUCCCUCCUCCAGCGGUCCAGUGUCUGGUUGCUAUGACGUCCAGGAGACUGGGCCCAAGUCACAGACUAGUUCAUCCUCUACCUCGGCAUCUCAAUCACGUUCCCCCUCACCAAUGUCUCUCACUGGCAACGCGGUUGCCAACGAUGCAACUGGCCUUGGGCUCAAAUUCACCAGCGGCUUGCAGUUGUCAUCAAAAGUUUCUGUCAAAAUGGAUCCUACCCAACUGUUCGACAUGCCUGGCAGGUAG